AUGUCUGCACCGACCACAUUCAGCUGGAAGUCGGGACCUCAGGCAGUCCAAGUAGCCGGUAGCUGGGAUUCUUUCGCGAGCAAAAAGGACUUGAAGAAGCAGGCGGAUGGAUCAUUUGAGACUUCCGUGAGUAGUAGCAGCUCGAGUGCGAUCUACCAAGCUGCACGCAGCGUCCAGGGCACAACCGCUCAUGAUCCGCUCCUGCUUGCUCGGCUGCCAUCAGCUGGACCUGCCAGCUACAACCAAGUUCACCUACAAGUACAUCGUAGAUGGGUCCUGGCAAAUUUCCCCGCUCGAGCCCACUGAGGAUGAUGGUCAAGGAAAUGUCAACAACUUUCUGACUACCACCAAAGCCCAGCUGCAACCACAAUCCCCAGCUCCCUUUGACAACUCUGUGCCAAACACGCCUCUACCCAAGAGCGAUCCUGCUGAUCCCAAGGCGCCACAGGCUGGAGCAGCUGACCUUACCAAGCAGAACUCGCUAGGGGGAGUGGCUGCAGCUGCGGCCGGCGGCAUUGCUGGAGCAAGUGCUGGAGCGGCUGGUAUCGCUGCCGCGUUCGUCGGAGCUGCAACGGGAGAAAAGUCGGACAAGGCGACGGAUGAGCAACAGAAGACCGCUGACCAGGCCGUCAAGCAAGCUGCGUCAGGUGCUGCUGCCGUCAAAGAGCAGGCUACGAGCGCUGUCAAGUCCACUCCUCAGGGAGCUCAGGGUAAGUUUUUCCUCCUUGACAUGCCUCUACGUGCCGGAUGGAAGGCGGGUGCAGGGCUGGAAGCUUCGCGCUGCGUUGUUCAACGCAGACUUGACAUUCUGUCCUUACAUCACGCACCGCCUUUCCCCUCGUUUUUGCUCACCCUGGCUUAGCUGCGGCGGUUUCGAUCCCUCCUUUCUUGACAGGCGUUUUGGCUGCUGCGUCUGCUUCGGUUGCUGAUGCUCUCGGCACCGUCGUCGGCCAAGAUGUGUUGCGUGGCAACCCGCAAUCCGUUCCCACCACGCCAGCUCCCGAGACCGCACCCAAAGGACUCGAGUACGCAGGAGCAGGUGCACCGGCACCAGUCAGCGCGUUGGGCAAGACGCCCACUGCGGACGAGCUCUCCAAAUUGGCCCAGAGCGAAGGCAAGAACCCGGCUGAUGCUGGUGCGGCGGCUAUCGCUUCUCAGGUCUUCAAUGCGACGGACGCUGUACCUGCAGGAGCUAGCACUACAAAUGCACAGCCCGCACACGCGCCUUUGGGUACUACUACAGGUGUGAGCAGAACCGAUCGCGAGCCUGCACUCGCAACCGGCAACACCGGGCUUGCUGCGGCUGCGGCUGGAGGAGCAGCAGGAACGGCCACCUCGAGCAAGGGUACUAGUGGAUUGGCAGCGGCUGAAAAGAAGGAUCUCAAUGGAACAACGAGCAAGGCGGAAUCUGUGGCACCGCACGCUGGAAGCUCUGGUUUGGCAGCAGCGCAGCCCGUCAACGGGGCGCCCGCUACACCAAAGAAGGCCAGCAGCGCAGCGGCAGCGGAUGCCGCGGCCACAGGUACCCCAGCAUCAGCCAAGAAGGGCUCUCGAUUCAGCACGAUUGGAAGGCGCAAGAGCGCCGUGCCUUCAGAAGGUGCUGCGAAUGGGGCUGGAGCUGCAAGUUCGGAACCCGUUCCACCCUUGCCUGUGAGCACAUCGACCGGUAGCAACCUGAACGGUUCCACUGCUGGCUCGAAUCCUGCUACGCCCGACAGGAAGCGCAAGCAGAGCAUUUUUGGAAAGCUCAAGAGCGCACUUAGCAGCCCUUCGGGCAAAUCGACUCACGCCCAAUCCGGAUCCACCUCUUGA